UGCAAUUGUAAUGUCUCCAAAAUUGCCAGAGGGCGCAGUUCCUGAUCGGGACACAAAACCCUUUACGGCUUUGUUGGAUUGGUAAACCUGUUUUAAAGCGAAAUUAUAGACAAUGCAUUGUCGGAUGGGAGGCUGUUUGAGGAGCGCUCGGGGCAUCUAUCUCAUUUCUCACUGAGUUGAAGCAUAGGUUGGGCUCCAUUCUAAAGCCAACCCCUCCGCUAAAACACGGCCCAAUUUGGAGUGUGGUUUUAUCAUGCAGGAAGGAUGGAUGGUAAAAAUAUUUUUUUCUGACAUCUUUGAUACGCUGAGAUUAUUUGUUUUGUGUCUGCAAGAUGGAGCCGCAAAUGAUGUCCUGCCUCGUUUUCUUGGCUUUUUCGUUUUCAGAAAACGUCGGAUGUAUUAGAGGAAGGGUUGGACCUAAAGUGACCGAAAAGGUGUUCUUUGACAUCACUGUGGCAGGUCAUGAAGUUGGCCGGAUCGUGAUUGGCCUGUUUGGAGAUGUUGUUCCCCUGACUGUGAAUAACUUUGUGGCUCUUGCCACAGGGGAGAAAGGAUAUGGCUACAAAGGAAGUACGUUUCACCGGGUGAUCAAGGACUUCAUGAUCCAAGGAGGUGACUUCACAGCUGGAGAUGGAAAUGGAGGUAGAAGCAUUUACGGGAACCAAUUUGAUGAUGAGAACUUCAAGCUGAAGCACAUGGGAGCAGGUUGGGUCAGCAUGGCCAACGCGGGCCCAGACACCAAUGGCUCUCAGUUCUUCAUCACUGCGUCCAGGGCUCCAUGGCUGGACGGGAAGCACGUGGUGUUUGGGAAGAUCCUGGAGGGCAUGUCUGUGGUUCACACCAUUGAGCUCCAAGACACAAAUGACCGGAACCUGCCCUACACAGAGUGUGUCAUUGUCAACAGUGGGAAGAUAGAAGUCAAAGAGCCAUUUAUUGUGGAUGUGGAGGGUUGGUAGGGUUAUCACUAUGCGUGUUACUGUAUUCAGAGAAAUAUUAUACAGUUGUUGUUUAUGGCUCUCUAAUGUGUAUACUAACUUUUAACAAAAUGAAUACAAUGAAUUCAGUCAUUAUGAGAAGAUGUCAUUUACAAUUAAUAUCUUAAAACUGUUGUAAUUUAGUUUGUUAACCUACACUCAUUAACUGCCAAAAUGAUCAGUAUGUCAUUUGCACUAUCCACCCAGCACCUUGUCAUGCUAAGCUGAAACAACUUGUAGUUUUUUACAAUGUUGAAAGACUACACAAAGUAUACAAUACUUCACUUAUUUUCACAUAUCAAAUGUAAUCACAGCAACUGUAUGUUGUGAAAUGUGUUUGAAUAUGUUAAUGAGGUUCCCUUUGAAUAUGUUGCAUUGUUAUGGUGAGUAUGUUUUAUUAUUUAUGAGAAAUUAAAUUGUGGGGAUUAAUCUGGAAGAUGUAGUAGUAAGCUGCAAAGUUAUUAAUAUUUCAAACUAUUGCACAAUUGCAUAGAAAAUUGCUAGUGAUUACUUCAGGGCAAUUCCACGGUAACCGAAUUACACUUUGACUCAGAUGUUUCACUUUAAAAUGUAUGCCAAACAAAAACAUUGAUUUCCAAGUUUAACAAACCAUAUAACUCCAUGCACAAUGACUACUUUGAACAAUUAACACUUACAUUUACUAAAAGAACUCCGCAGAUGCAAAGUUUGGUA